UAUGAUAAACAAAAUUUGUACUCCAAUUCAUUUAUCAGUUAAAAAAGGUCAUGAUUAGGUUAUUACACUAUUAUUUGAAUCAGAUUCUAAUAUAUAGGCAGUUGAUGAAAGAAGUUGGACUCCUUUACACUAUGCAUCAUUUUAUUAAAAUAGAAAUGUUGUUCAUUUAUUAAAUAAGUAUGAUGCUGAUGAAGAUCGAUACUAUGCAAUUAGAACAAGUAAAGCAUAAAAAGCUGAUUAGAACUAGAGGAGAAAAUUAUCUUAUUGUCAAAUAUCCAUUAUCAGAGAAAGCAGAUAAGACACUAAAGGACAAAUGUAUGAAAUUUUGCUAAUAAAUUCAUAGAUUGUAACAGUGCUUUAGAUUAUGCAGAAAAAUAAGAUAAUUAGAAGAUUAAGGAAUAGUUAUAAGGAUAAUAAUGAUUUAUUAAUUCAAUAUUUUAUUAUGUUUUUUGAAUUUGGUUUUUUUUUUAUAGUUAUAAUACUUGGAGAGGAAAUUGUAUAUGAUGUUAAAAGCGCAUGUAGAUGUCAAUAAAUAUUGAGUGAAGGUGAUUGUAACUAAAAAUGUAAAUGGAAUACUGAUAAAAAAAAAUGUUAUGAUAGAAAAUGUUAUGAAAUAGAGGAUGAAGAAGCAUGUUUUAUUAGAAAUUGCAAUUAUAUAGACAACUAAUGUUAAAAUUUAGAUAGUUGUAGUGAUAUAUUAGUUAAAUUUUUUUGCAAUUUAAGUUCUAAAUGCAUUUAUGAUGAUUCAACUUAAAAUUGUAGAGAGGAAAUAGUUUAAGAAUAGAAUUGUGAUUCCUUUUUUACAAAAAAUGCAUGUUCAAAUUAUGUUGAUUCAAAUAAUAAUUAUUGUGUAUGGAUUGAUAAUGAUGUUGAUGAAGGAUAUGUCUAAUAACCUGGACAUGAUUAUGGUUCUUGUAAAAGUUAUCCAUUUUAAACUUGUGAUAGUGCAAAUUUAGUAUUUAAUCCAAAAGAAUUAUGUGAAAGAAAUAGAAUUUCAUGUAUGUGGUUAAAUGAUAGUUGUUAACAAAAGGAUUGUCUUUUCAUAGGAAAUGAUGAAUAAUUAUGUAAAAAUAGCUUUGCUUCUAUUAAAGAUGGAGAUAAGACUUUAUUAUGUAGUUGGAAUGCUUUGACACAAUAAUGUGAAAAUGGGUUUGAUAUUUCAACAUUGAAAUAAGAAGAAUGUUAUUCUGAAUAAACAUUAUUUUAAUUAACAUUUGAUGAUUCAAAGUAGAAAUGCACAAAAUGUCCUGGAAUAGGAAUGAUUGUUAUGUGUAGUCUAUUAAUUUAAUUGAUAUUUUUAUGA